UCCAUCUCCAUGGAUGAAGACCAAAAAGAUUGCUUUGUUUUGCCCACAUCAUCCCAUUGGGUCACUAAAUUACUAAUCUUUCAAACUGAUUUGAUCUACAAUAGCUUUGUUUCUGUCUUUUCCCCUAUCUACUCUCUUUUCUCCGUGGCUUCAGAGUCUUACCACAGUGCUGAGGAGAGCAAAGACAAUGUUGAAUCAGCACACAGUGUUCCUUCUCAAAUCACUCAGGUUAGCACACUCUUGUUGAAGAAACUGGGACUUUGCUUCCUAAGUGCGGCAUAUGUGUGCAUGGUUCUGAUUUUGGUUCUUAUUCUGGCUACUGUGGUGGGUGUUGGUUUGGUUCGGUUGUGGGUGGAGGAACCUGUGUUUGUUAAGGAAAGUUUGCAUUUUGAUUACACUGAAGCUCACCCCACAGCUAUGUUUCUGUUUGGUGGAGUUAGUACUGUUAAGGGUCACAUCAAGAAAAAACAUAUAAGCGUUCCAGUUGGCCGCACAUUUUGUGCUACUUUGGUCCUAGUGAUGCCUGAAUCUGACUUCAAUAGGGACCUUGGUGUGUUUCAGUUGACUGCAGAACUCUUAUCAGUAAAUGGAAAUGUGAUAGCAAAAUCUAGCCAACCAUGCAUGUUGCGGUUUAGAAGCUCUCCAAUUCGACUAGCCCGAACGGUUAUGAUGGGUGUGCCUCUAGUACUUGGAAUCUCAGGUGAAACUCAGAACCUUAAUGUAGAAAUAUUGAGGCACAAAGAAGACAGUAGAAGAAGCAAUGCUAUAAGAGUAACAUUGCAUUCAAGAUCAGGAACUUCAUCUCUUCCACAACUAUAUAAAGCUGAUAUUGUGUUAAACUCCUAUUUACCUUGGACUAAAGAGUUAGUUAGAAAUUGGAAGUGGACAUUUUAUGUUUGGGUAUCCUUGUAUGUGUACAUUGUGCUACUUAUGUUUCUCCUAUGUUGUUAUAGGCCACUCAUAUUUCUUUUGACACCAAAGCCUUUCAGCGAUCAAAGGGUGAGUAGUGAACGUGCAAGCGAAGAAUUACAACAAGUGAGGGAAUUAGAAGAUGAAAGUGAGGUUUCUGAGUUGUUGAGGAAAUGGAGAAGGAGCAGAAUCAAGAGAAAAAGUAUUUUGGCACAUGGUGGUGUGCAAGAAACUAUUGUUGGUUCAUCGGCAUCCAGCAUUAGCAUGACUACUAGAGAAGAUGUAACUAGUGUGGCAUUGGAAGAUGAUGUUGAGGAUUCUGAAUCAGUGUGCAUAGGUUAG